CUAAAGCACGGCGUCAGACGGCGCCGUGAGCCCGGAGAGGCGUCCCGGCACAGUACAGCCUCGCUUAACCGGACGCCAGCUCCCGGGACCCCUCGACUCUCAGCGGCCCCCGUCCCCCUCAGAGAAGGCCAGGAGUUCCAACAGUGUGGACACGUCCAGGGGCAGCGUGACACGAGUCGUCUCUCCUGCAGAGAGGCGGGGAGGCGGCAACAUCGCCAGCCCUGGAGGGGGGAUCAAAGGAGGAACUGUGGCUCAUGGUGGCCCAGGAUCAGCGGAACGGGACAGGCAGGUGAGGGAGCAGAGGACGGGGGGAGGAGAGGCAAGGACUCUGCCAGGACCCCCCCCCCGCCACGUGUGUCCUCCCCAGCCCUUGGGGACAAGCCACUCCCCCCAUGGCCUCCAAGCAGGCCGCUGGGCGGAGCCCAGGGGAGAAGCGCAAGAGGGUGGUGCUGACCCUGAAGGAGAAGAUUGACAUCUGCACGCGCCUGGAGAAGGGGGAGAGCAGGAAGGUGCUGAUGCAGGAGUACAACGUGGGCAUGUCCACCCUGUACGACAUCAAGGCCCACAAGGCACAGCUGCUGCGCUUCUUUGCCAACUCGGACUCCAAUAAGGCCCUGGAGCAGCGGCGCACUCUGCACACGCCCAAGCUCGAGCACCUGGACCGCGUCCUGUACCAGUGGUUCCUGGGGAAGCGGGCUGAGGGCGUGCCCGUCUCGGGCCCCAUGCUCAUCGAGAAGGCCAAGGACUUCUACGAGCAGAUGCAGUUAACGGAGCCCUGCGUGUUUUCUGGUGGGUGGCUCUGGCGUUUUAAGGCCAGGCACGGCAUUAAGAAGCUGGACGCGUCCAGCGAGAAACAAGUGGCCGACCACCGAGCAGCCGAGCAGUUCUGCGGCUUUUUCCGGAGCCUGACGGCCGAGCACGGCCUGUCCCCUGAGCAGGUUUACAACGCCGACGAGACCGGCCUUUUCUGGCGGUGCCUGCCCAGUCCCAGCCUGGAAGGUGGGACGGUGCCCGGCAUCAAGCAGAGCAAGGACAGGCUGACCGUCCUCAUGUGCGCCAAUGCCACUGGCUCCCACAAGAUCAAGCCCUUGGUGAUUGGGAAAGGCGGCGGCGCCCGGGCUUUCGGGGGCAUUCAGCACCUGCCCGUCGCCUACAAGGCCCAAGGUAACGCGUGGGUGGACAAGGAGAUUUUUUCGGACUGGUUCCAUCAUAUCUUCGUUCCGUCGGUGAAGGAGCACUUCCGGGCAGUGGGUCUGCCCGAGGACGGCAAAGCCAUCCUGCUGCUGGACAACGCCCGCGCCCGCCCGCGGGAGUCCGAGCUGGCCUCCGGUAACAUCUUCACCGUCUUCCUGCCCGCCAGCGUCACCUCGUUGAUUCAGCCCAUGGACCAGGGCAUUCGGAGAGAUUUCAUGAGGCACUUCAUCAACCCCCCCGUCCCGCUGCAGGCCUGCCACCCCCGCUACAGUGUGAACGAUGCCGUCUUCAACGUGGCCUGCGCCUGGAGCGCCGUGCCCGGCGACGUCUUCAGCCGGGCCUGGAGGAAGCUGUGGCCCGCGGUCACGUUCGCCGAGGGCUCGUCUUCGGAGGAGGAGCCGGAGCGCCUCCGAGCGAGGCCUCACGAUCAGACUUUCGCGCACAUCCUGCAGCUGCGGGGAGAGGCCCCGGCCCGCCCUGGCAGCCGGCUUCCCCGGGGCGCGGCCGCAGAGGGCCCGGCCCCAGCUGCCGGGAGCCCGGAGCAGGCUGAGAAGGACGGCGACGAGGCGGCCUGGGAGCAGGCGGCCCUGUCCUUUGACGCCGUGGUGCGCUUCGCCGAGGGACAGCCCUGCUUCACGGCACAGGAGGUGGGGCAGCUGCGUGCGCUGCGCUCCGUGUUCGCCAGGCAGAGGCAGGUGAAGCGGCGGCGCGUGGCCCUCAGGGCCGUGGUCAAACUCGAGGCCCCCCAGGAGGCCCCCCCUCUGCCCUGCUCCUCCACGGCGGGCGAGCACUGAUGUCGGCGCGGCCCUCGCCUGCGGGCCGGAGCUUGUCCGGGAGGUCGGGGCGCCCGGUGUGGGCUCCUGGCCACUCGCGACAGCCCAUCCCUGCGCGUCUGGUGCAUCGCGGGCUUACCGUGUUUUCCGUCCUGGCACGUCAAUGUGAGCAGCCGCUCCGGAAGGGUCCCGCACACCCGAAGCCGAGCGGAGCGUCCCGUGGCCGGAAGCCAGGACCAUGCCGGGCAGAUUCUGGCCCCGUGUUGGCCGGCUGAGCCCCGCUGUGUGCGUGGGUGGAGGUGUCUGUCCGUCCGGGAGGAGCAAAGCCGGCCCUCGGGCCAACUGCUGGCGGUGCCCGCGGCCACUUGCCAGGGCUAGUGUUGCCCUGGGCCCGCCUGCCGUCCCCUCGGGGCGCGGUCGGUGGUGUGGCGCUGUCCCUGUGUCAGGCGGGCACCCCUGCCUGCGGUUCGUAGGUGGCGGGUCCUCACUUCAGCCGUGAGCUCAGCCGCGCAGCCCCCUGCAAGCUCCUCCGUGCUGCUAGGCGGGCUGGGCCCCAGGGCGUGGGGGCCGCACAUUGGGUUGGCACGGCGGAGUCGCUUCCCCUAACGCGAGCAGGACUGUCUGCCCGGGCCUCCCGUUGCCCCGAGGGUCCCUGGCGCACUGCGGGCGAGUCCAGCGUCCUGGUGCCGAAUCUACUGUGUCGUCCGAGCCCCCGUUCCGCAGGAGUUCGUGCUGACCGCGUGCAUGUCACUGAGUUUGCUGAGCGCUCAGCAGUGUGUCAGGCGUGCACUCGUGCCCCGCCUAAGUCCAGCUGUUUGGAUUUCCGGCUGCAUUUGAACUUCAGCGUUGGCCGUUCAUGCCUCGGUACCCCGUGCGGGGAAGAGCCGGCUGCAUGGCUUGGUUGUGGGAGGAUUGUGGCCCCCCGCUGCCCGCGGCCUGGACUGCGCCCCGGGACGGCGCACCCUCCUUGCGUGCACGUGGGGGGCUGUGACUUCUGUCUUUCACCGCUGCGCCCUGGGAUUCCGGCCUGGCCGUCUGGCUGCCUCGUGGUUCUUGGCCCCCCGCCCUCUGGGGCGCCCACCGGCCUCCACGCAGCGUUUGGUUCACUGUCCGUUCCUCUGCUGUGUGCAUCUUCCCAAGCGUGAGGCGACGGUUGUCGCCGCCACCGUGUCCCCUUGUGGACGUGCGUGUUUCCUGCUUUAAAUGCAGGGCUGAAGGUCGUGAACCGAGCAAGGCCGUUUUCAGAGCAUCCUCGUGGAGUCUUCAGGCCAGAUCGCCUCGGGACCGUGCUGCCGUCGCGCCCUUUCCUUCCUGUGCCCGGGGUGACAUCUGAGCACCCAUGUGCUUGGCUGCCGGUUCGGACUCGUGUGGCCCCGUGCUGUUGAAUUGCGGCUGCUUGCGGUGUCAUGGGACGUGAGGUGUUGGGUCCCUGGAGCGCCUGCCCUCGCCUCGGUGUAGGUGGUGGUGGCCCGGAGAGGCGGCCGGACGCCGAGGAGCUCUCCCGUGCUUCUCGAACAGCGGGACUUCGCUGGCUGGGUGCAGCCGGGGGAGGGGCAGGACACGUGGGGCUCCUGGGUCCCCUGUGGAGGCUUUGUCCCAUCAGAUUGUAGACCCCAGGCCGUGGAUUCGCGACCUGCCCCGGUCCUGGCCAUUCUGUGGCCAGUCAGUAAAUGCUUGUCACCGGACAGCCUGAGGGGUGUCUGUCCUCAGGGCGCUCCUUCCAGAAGUGGCCACAGAGCACGGCGCCAGCUCGAGCCCUCUUGCUGCUCAGGAGGUCCUGGGGCAGAGCAAGCUCUGGCCUCCCCUGCCUCCCUCUCUGAUGGGCAGCACGCUUCUCCGCACGUGGCCUCUGCUGCUGGCUCGGGCGGAGCCAGGUGCCCUGGGCUGCAGCCGGCCGCGGGGCCACAUGUGGGUGCUGGCAGAGGCCCAGGGCCCAGCGAGGCCGUCUGGUGAGCUGUGUGGCCCGGCGGCUGGUGAGCGCCUCCACCCCGUCCCGCCGCCCUCCCUGUCCUCUGGGAGCCCCUCCCAACUGCUCCGCUCGGCACUUCCUGCCCGGCCCCUCAGGCUCAGGGGCCAGCGUGCUUCCGCCUCGGAAUCCUUCCCAAGCAGUUCUGGGUGGAGCCCGACUAGGCUGGAUGUGAAAUCGGAGCAGGUGGGACCAGUGCCCCCUUCUUUCCUCUCUGGCCACUGCGGAGGCACCUGCAGGAGGCCCGGGCUCCGCGUCCCCCACGAGCACGUGGCCCAGAGCCCCGGCAGUGGGGUCCGCGGAUGCGGCGUCUGGGAGGCUUCUCCAUCCCGUUGGGUCAUGCUUGCACCCCUCCUGGCCAGUCUUUCCUGGGCCAGAAGGCAGAGCCUUUGGAGGCAGCUCAGGGCCCUUGGAGUCGGAUGUGGCCCUGGGGGGAUGGGGCAGAAGCAGGGGUAGGCGGCCACGCAGACUGCGUGCUUUCCCGGGAGCCCGGGGUGCGCGGGAAGCAGAACUGGGGGCAAACGGGACCCGCCGCUGCCGCCCCCAAGGGCCAGCCUGAGCUGCUGUGGGAGGCGCAGGUGCGAGCUUCAGCGGCCUUUCUUGGUGUGCAGAUGUGCUCAUGCUUCAUCCGUCAUUGAGCAUAGAGCGUGGCCUGUGUUCCCUGCCGGCGUGUACUGACCAUCGUGCUCGGCCCGAGGCUGGAGGGUGAUCAGACAAGGCCCCUGUCCUGCCUCCGGACGGCACGGGCUUACCGACAAGGCAGGAAGCUGCUGGGGAGGCUGGAACACAGGUGAGGGGCAGAAGGUGGCCCGGGGUGUCAGUGGGUCCGUGAGGGCGGGAGAGCACAGACGGGUUCCUGCCUGCCUCGGGUCCAGCUGCCAAGUCCAGGAGGGUGACCCAGGGUGGAGAGGCAGCUCCGCACGUGGAGCCAGGCUCCUCUGCCGCCUGGGACCUGUGGCUCCAUUGUGUGUUUCAAGACAGUUCCAGGUCCCACCCUGGUGUCUGCUGCUUCCAGCCCUCAGCCGCAGGAAGCACACUUCCUCCGAGCUGCCCGUCUGCCGACAUGCAUCACUUCUGCUCCAGUCUUUUGGGCCGGGUCCCAGUCCCACAGGCCCCACCGGCCGCCGGGGCAUCUGGGCAGCGUGGCUGGAAAAGGGAGCGUGCGCACCGGGGAGCCAUCUGGGAAAGCCAGGCCGGGUCUCCUGACUCCCUCCUCUGCCAUGCCCUCUCCAGCAGCCGCGUUCUGGCCUCAGCCCCUCUCUGCAAGGACACAGCGGGCAGGUGCACCACGAGGGCCCGGCGUGUGGAGGAUGGAGGCAGGCAGCCCGUGGUGGUCUCGGCUCGUGGGGUGGGGGCUCCACACGGAGACCAGCCCCGGAGAGCUGGGACUGCCAUCGCCCACCCCCAGAGCUGUCAGAGACGAGCGGCCUUGUCCGGAGAGGCAGGCUGUGACCCAGUCCCCUUCCCUCCACAAGAGGCUCAGGGGUGCUCGCUAAAGGGGAGCUCGUAGAGACAGCACGUGGGAGGGGCAGUGGGUUGAUUGGUGACACGGGCUGAGCUGGAGGCUGGCUGCGGGUCAGGAAGACUCUCACUGAUCUCAGGAGCUGUUCUUCCAAAAGCCAAAUUUGCUUGGAUUAGGCCCUGAAGCCUUUAUGCCCAGGCGUGACUGGAAAACCCGGAGCAAUCUGCCAACAGGGAGCGGUGCCGAGGAGCUGGUGUGGGCCGGGAGGACAGGCCAGCUUCGCCGGAGCCGCUGUCUUCCCAGGGAGACUGUGGGCCAGCCCACGGCUGCGCCCCUGGAGGCAGCAGAGGCCGGAGCAAGGGCUGCGGGGCAGGGACGAGCCCAGUGCCGCGCCAGCAAACAAAGUAAGUGACAGGAUAACAGUAACACAACCUGGUGGGGUGGCCAGGACCCAGAACUGUGGCAGUGCGCUCCCCGAAGUGACCCGUUUCCCACCCGAACGUGCAAAGAAACAGUUAUGGGUCAGACCGCAGGAGAAAAGUAGGCUGCAGAGCCGGCAGGCGCUGGACUUAACAGGAAGAGACUUGGACUUGGCCGUUCUACACGUGGUCGGGGGGUGGGGGGCGAAGGGAGAGACUGGUGAUGGCGCAUCACAUAGCAUCAACAGGAAGAUGAGAAUUAUCACACCCAGAAGAAUUGAGUGGGGCUUCCGGAGCCAAACAGUACGAGAACCGAAGUGGAGAGUUCCCAAGGGGCUCAGCAGCUGCUGUAAGCUGGCAGGAGAAAGAACCUGUGACCUCGACUGACCCGGAGCCCUAGGUGACCACACAGUGCAGGGACACCCACGUGUCACCGGAGCCCCAGGGGGCAGAAGGGAACAAAAAAUACUCACAUGGUGCCCGAAAAAUCCCCAUGUUCAUCUACAAAUCAGGCCCAGUGAGCUCCAGUGGGACUAACGGUGUGAUCCACAGAGUCGGGAACACCGGGAAAGCUGUCCCCGUCCCGAGAACGCCCAGCGGGGCUGGCGGCUGAGCUCAGUCGGGGACGGCGCAGCCCGGGAGCUCAGAGGAAACUCACGGCCAAGAUUCCUGCGUCUGCCAAAGCGCUCUCUCAGAAUAAGGUGAGUGAACGAUGUUUGCAGAUGCACAAAAACAGGAUUUGCUGCUGGUGGGCCCGCCUCUCAGGAAAUGCUAAAGGAAGUCUUUGGGGCUCAAAGCAAGUGACUCAGACGGUAAAUCAGAUCCACUCAGAACAAAGCCCUGCUAAAGGCAGUUCUGUCUUCAGAGAAGACAGUGUCCACUUGACCUUGGACACCUUUGGGGUUAUGGGUGCCAACCCCUGCUGCCCUUUCCUCUGGCAGCUCCUGCAGCUGCUGCUUCUUUUUUUAAGAUUUAUGUAUUUUAGAGAGAGCAUGAGCGGGAGGGGCUGAGGGAGAGAGCAUCUCAAGCAGACUGUGCCCAGCACGGACCCGGACGUGGGGCUCGAUCGCACGACCCUGAGCUGAAGCUAAGAGCCGAUGCUUAACCAGCUGGCCACCCGGGUGCCCCUGGCAGCUUCUUGAAAAAGCCUGUCGUUCCAUAAAGUGAUAAUCUUGGGUUCGUCACGUUUAUAGAUGUGCCCUGUGUCACAACCACACCGGAAGGGUCUCUGGCAGGAAGUGAGCGUGUCCACAUCCGAAGUACAUUCUGGUCGGCCUGAGAGCAACCGCUCAGGAGAGAACCCAAGAGUCGUGAACAAAGCUGUUAGAGAAAUUCAAGUGCUACAUUAGCAGAAACUGCAAAAGCCGCAAGUGAAUGGAGGGACAGAAAGACGCGGGACCCGCGGCACGGGGACCUGCCGCGCCUCCCUGGCCCUUGCUGAGCUUGGCAGUGUGGUCCCCGCCGCACAGAGCGGCCCUGGACCUCGGCUCCUCCCGCAGAGCCAGCAGCAGCUGCAGUGACUGAGCCCUGCAGGCGGGGCCGCGCUUCGGGCCUGAAGGGUGGGCGCUGCGGGGGCGACUGGCCACUGUGGCCACCACAAGUGCUCGGAGCUGGCCAGGACCCGGGAAGGACAGUGUGCUCACCACUGCCACGUCAGGCCGCAUGGAUUUAUAUAAAAUUGACCAUUCGCAGCAAACUUGCCUUAGAGAACGUGUUCUGUAUUUUGGUGCAGAAGCAUAUUUUGUGGGCACCCACACAGGGCGGCGUGCGCUUCCCAUGCCCUCCCCCCGCGGGGGCCCAGAGGGCCUCCAGGCCCCCCGCACCCCGUCUUCACCUCUGUGUCAGCGGACACCAGCCCCCACACCGCCCAGAGCACCGUCCUCGUUCUUUGCCGGCAGCUCCCGGGUGGUCAGGCAGCUGGAGCAAGAUGAGAAGCGGUGGCCUCCACGUCCCGGGGAGACCCGGGAAGGGAGCUUCCAAGGUGAAGGGCCCCAUCUAAGCAGGGGCAGGCGGGAUGGGGCGGCUUUCCACGGUGUACUCGGGAGGCGCAGGCUGCCUCCUCCCCAGCCCAGUGCACGCUCCCCAGCCUGAUCCUGGGUGUGCUCCCUGCUCGAGACCCGGGGCCCUCGGCGUCUACAUCUGCUGCCGUCCACCGACCCCGGGGAGCUCCGGGAGACCCCGCACUGGGCUGCCACAGAGGAAUGUUCAGGAAGGUGGGGGUGGGGCAGCAAUUCUUACAACUGAAAAGACCUGCUAAAGCCCAGUGUGGCUUCCGUGGCUGGGAGCCACGGCACGGGAGGUGCGGCUCUGGCCAUCCGGUCCUCGAGGCUGUGCGUGCGUCCCACCCUUCAGUCCCAGAGACCCACGGGGAGGCAGGAGGGAGAGGGAGCCGAACCAGGUUAGGGCCCCAGCUAAAUGCUCGUCAUUCCACCUGAGCCAAUGUGGACUUGGGAGCCAGCAGGAGCCCAGGACAGUCUUGUGUGCGGAAAGGUAGCUCCCCCAGUGCCAUUCAGGGCCCUUACUCAUUUGUUCAGCCUUUACUGAGGCUUUUCAGGUCCCGGGGGCUGCCUGGCUGGUGGGACAGAGGUGAGCAGGAUGAAUGCAGCCUGAGAGAGGUGGCCCGCUGAGCAGAAGGUUGGGGUUGUAGGAAAGGCUUGGGGGAACUGAGAGGGUUCCAUGGAGGUGGUGAGCUUGGAAGUGGGCCAGGGAGGGUGCGUAGGAGUUCUCUGGCUGAAAUUGGGAACCGGGCCUUGCAGGCAGACAAGGGCUCGGGGAGGCUGCUACAGGGCAGGAACAGCCCCUGGGUAGGUCAGCCACCCAUCAGGACAGACAGGACACUUGAGACCCAGCAGGUGGGGUCAUGGUGGUGUGAGAGGGUGGUCUCUGGGCUGCCUCCCGCCCAGCCCUUCCCCUCAGUGCUCUGGCGUCUACCUGUGCUCCUUCCCAGCCUGCCCCCGUCAGGGAGCCCCCACUGAGAUGCUGCAGCUCCAAUCCAGGGAGCGAGGGACACCUUUGCCUGGGGCUGAGGUGGUGACUCCAGGACUGAGACCCUCCAGUCUACAGCGGAGACUCGGAGCGGCAGAAUUUCAGGGGAUUUUGGAUGGCCUGUGCCCUGGGGACCUGAGUUGACUGGGGCUUAGGGACUGGAGGAGCCUCGGAUGGACAGGAGGGAGCCCGGGCAGGAGAGCUGGGGCCUUGGGAUUCUGACUGUGGGACUGGCUAUGGCGUUCCCCCGCCAGUGGGUGCAGGAUCCCCACGUGGCUGUGACCCACUGGCGUCGGACACCAGAGCACAGAGGUCACCAGGCCGCCCAAACCCAGGAGAAGCCCCACAGUAGGGCCAAGUGGCCUGGGCCCAGCCAGCGGGCUUAGCACCUGCUCCGCCACAGGGGCUGAGGAACUUGAGAUGAACAUAGCCUUCUUUGGUCCUUAGACUCUGUUGGAAAUAAGAAGGGGUCUGUGGCCUGCCAGACCCCCUCCAGUGUGGACAGGUGAUGGGCUGGGGGCUUAAGGGGAGAAGUGAAGGGGGGCAGGCCCCGGGCUAUUGUCACUCGUCAAGAGGCUGCCCAGCUGAGGCCAGUUCCCUCUUUGGGCAGCUGCCAGAUGGACCCAGCCCUGUCUCAGGCCUGGCCGUGUCCCCCCUGGCCAGCCCCGGCAGCUGGAGGUGCUCUCCUCAGUCUCGGGGGCUUCUGGCUCUGCUCUGUCUGGGCCCUGCUGGGCUGGGGGACCCAAAGGGGACCCCAUGUCCUGGUUGGCCUGGGCUGGUCCUGGUGGGCACCUGGUGUCUGGGCACAAUCCUUAAUAGCAUCCAUUCACUCUCCAGGGUCUGGGUUUGGACAGCUCAUCUCAUGGGGACACCCUGCUGAGGCCCACUCUUCACACGAUGCCCCCACCCCUGGUCAAGCAGAUGGGCCGUCUGAUGCUACAGGAGCUAGCCUCAGCCUGGCCCAUGUGUUGGGGGCCAUUGUCCCAAGGUCCACCUUGAAACGUGGACCAUGACCUCGCUAGGCUGGGGGGGGGGCCUGGAGGCCCACAGGUGGUGAUUCUCCCCCAGGGGACGGGCCUUCAGCAGGAAGCAAGGAGCAGCAGGGAGGCUGUUACCCAGGUGGGGUGUGGGCACCUGCCCUGUGGGUAGGAGUGGAGGUGAGUGUGGACCAGGGGCCCUUGACCUUGGGAGCCAGGGGCCUGCAGAAGCUAACAGAUGGCUUCCAGAUCUCUAGGCUGGGCGGCAGACCUCCCCCACUACCCCCACCCUGGGCUUGAUGGGCUUACUACUCUAGUCAGUGGGACCCUGGAGGGAUGGAGCCUCCAGUGGCCUGUCCGUGUCCCCGACAGUCUGCACGUCCCCCCACUGGCGGAUGUGCCCUCAGCUGGCCCGAGGCCUCGGAUGGGCAGCUGGAUGCCGUGGAGUGAAGGCUCUGUAGCCUGAGGUGGUCGCUAAGCAGGGGCCAGCCUGUACCCUGAGGAGAGGAGCUGGGUAUUGGGGCCAGGAUGGGCCUGCACAGAGGGCCCACCCCGGUCCUCACACGGCCUUCCAGUCUCCCAGCGCUGUGGUGCGGCCAUGGCGGGCUUCUCCCCAGUGGAGUCGGCUCUUCCUGCCAGCUCCUAGCUGGCCCUCCCCCGCCUUUCCCCUCUCUCGCUUCCCCUUCUGGGGUCCCAGCCUGCACCCUGCACUGGGACGGCCCCACCCCAGAUCAGCCCCACUCUCACCUCCCUCCCACUUCUCUGCCAGCCACGUCCUCCUUCCACUGCGGGUUCCAGAGGCCCUGCUGCUGCAGAGGGCAAGGCUGGGGUCCUGGCUGGAACGGGGGAGACAAAUGUGGAGAGACAUGCAGCCUGUGGGGGAGGACUCGGGCAGGGGCUGCGGGCAGGGGCUGCGACAGCUUGCCUCCAGCGGCCGGUGGGAGGAGGUGCCUGAACUAGGCCCGGGGUUGUCUGGUGGGGGAGGCCCUGGCCGGGGCAGGUGUGCGAGGAGGUGGGUCCCUGGGGCCCGCCAUAACACACUUCCUCUUCCUGACUGAGUAAGGCAUUUUGCCCCUUUUCAUGGGGGCAGUCAUUUUAAUAAAGUGCUUUUUUUCUGUGAGCCCAGAGUGCAAGACUUACUCCUAGCUCAGGAAUGUGCCUGUUGCCAGCAACUCUAAUGAGGGCACCCAUGAAUCUCCUCUUACUUGUGGCUCCAAAAAUGAGGCCAUGGGCUCUCACUGUGCCUCAUUCUUUAAUUAAACAGAUACUGGAACAACAGAGAGGGGGCAGGGCAGGGGAGGGGUCGGCAGCUUCUGGGAGGGAGGAGCCUGGGGCUGGGGGGAACGUGCCAGGGGUCUCCCAGGGCCCUCGCAGGUGCUGGCCCUCUGGCCUCUCUGCGUGGGGCCAGCUGCCGCUCUGCAGAACCCCUGGCCGACCUCUCCGUCCUGCUGCUGGGCCCCUCGCUCACCCCUGCUGCCUGCCUCAUCUCACCAUUCCUAGACCAGGAGAGCCCCACAGCACACCCACAGGCUUCUGACUGCAGCCCCGCCCCCCGUCAUUUGUGCAGGAUGCUCUGCCCUACAAGGAGACCCACGUACCCCACUUCCCGAGGACAGAGGAUUAGAUGCGUGCGCGCGCACGCACUCCAGCUAAAACAAGUCAAUAAAACAGCCCUUCUCUUGAUUGAA